AAAAAAAAUGCCUCUCUCUCUAUCUCUCUCAUUCUCCAUCAAAUCCCUAUCCUCGCUCCCAGUUUUUCCUUUUUCACCCCCCCCCCCCCACAUCAACACCACAAUAGCAUAGAUCAUGAUUCGCUUCAAGUUGUCCUCCUACUAGUAUACUGGCACUGCGCAAGUAGACCCCCCCCCCAAUCAAUCGUGCAUGCAAUGCAAUGCACUUCCAGCAGUCCGUUUCGACUUGCGAUAUGUAUGCAGGCCUGAUCUUCCCCCCUUCCCCACCACCCCACGGCUUCUCGAGAUACGCUCACGACAUGCCCCGGCGUACGCACUUCCUUUCACAUUACAUAUACAUAAGUUGUGUGUAUCGGCAUACAUCGGCUUAAGCAAUUCCUCGAUCGAUCACUCGUCUCAUCUCGUCUGGCUAGCUUUUGAUACAGGUAGAAAGAAUAUUAUGAAUCGAAUUGUUCAGCAGGUCACGUCACGUCAGUUCAAACUUUCAAAAUGGGGGGAGGGAGGAUUACAGAGUGUUCAUUUUUUUUUAUCGAUCCAUGUGGCCCGUUGGCCGCCCCCCCCGGAGAGUUGCUCUGCCGCCACUAGCUUUUGAACCAAUUGAAAUGAGUACGUUCGAGUCCGAUGUCGAUGGUCGAUCGACGGUCGACACUGUCUCUCCGAUCCCGCAUGUGCAUGACGUGUCAGAUUAGUUAUUUUUUUUUGUCCACAUCAUAUUACUUACAAUAUACCUAUAUGGGACGCAUUACCCAGUGA